AUGGCCAGGCAGUUCUACGAAGCCCCUGUUUCUCGUCCAUUUGGGAGGGGAGCAUCACACAUCUCGAAGAAGGCGAGAGUCUACUGGCCCCGAAAAGACAACUCCAGUACCUUUGAGUUGGUGCUAGGGCCCAGCCAGCAUGCCUAUACCUUGGCUCUCCUCGGGGACCACUUGAAAGAGACCUUCUACCUUGAAGCUAUGGAGUUUCCAUCUGCUGAAUUCUCAGGCCUGAUCACCUACUCUGUAUCCCUGGUGGAGGAGUCUCAAGACCCGUUAAUUCCAGAGACUCCGCUGUACAAAGACACUGUGGUGUUUCGGGUGGCUCCCUGCAUCUUCAUUCCCUGCACCCAGGUGCCUCUGGAGGUUUAUCUGUGCAGGGAGCUGCAGCUGCAGGGUUUUGUGGACACAGUGAUGGAGCUGAGUAAGAAGAGCAACAGCCAGGUGGCCUCUGUCUACGAGGACCCCAGCCGCCUGGGCAGGUGGCUCCAGGAUGAGAUGGCCUUCUGCUACACCCAGGCGCCCCACAAGACCACAUCCUUGAUCCUCGACACGCCUCGAGCCCCCAAUCUUGAUGAGUUCCCCAUGAAAUACUCACUGAGCCCCGGUAUUGGCUACAUGAUCCACGACACUGAAGACCAUAAAGUGGCCAGCAUGGAUUCCAUCGGGAACGUGAUGGUGUCCCCACCUGUCAAGGUCCAAGGGAAAGAAUACCCCCUGGGCAGAGUCCUCAUUGGCAGCAGCUUUUACCCCAGCAUGGAGGGCCGGGCCAUGAGUAAGACCCUCCGAGACUUCCUCUAUGCCCAGCAGGUCCAAGCACCGGUGGAGCUCUACUCAGAUUGGCUGAUGACUGGCCACGUGGAUGAGUUCAUGUGUUUCAUCCCCACAGAUGAUAAGAGUGAGGGCAAAAAGGGCUUCCAGCUGCUCCUGGCCAGCCCCGGCGCCUGCUACAAACUCUUCCAAGAGAAACGGAAGGAAGGCUAUGGUGAUGCUUUUCUGUUUGACGGAGUUAGAGCAGAUCAACUCCUGUCUAACAGAAGAGAAGCCAAAACCAUUGACCAACUUCUGGCUGAUGAAAGCCUGAGGAAGCAGAAUGAAUAUGUGGAGAAGUGCAUUCACCUGAACCAUGACAUCCUGAAGACAGAGCUGGGCCUGGUGGAACAGGACAUCAUCGAGAUUCCCCAGCUGUUCUGCUUAGAGAAGCUGACUAAUGUGCCCUCUGAUCAGCAGCCUAAGACGAGCUUCGCGAGGCCAUACUUCCCUAACCUGCUGCGGAUGAUUGUGAUGGGCAAGAACCUGGGGAUCCCCAAGCCUUUUGGGCCCCAAAUCAGGGGCACUUGCUGCCUGGAAGAAAAGAUACGCUGCCUGCUGGAGCCCCUGGGCUUCAAGUGCACCUUCGCCAGUGACUUCGACUGCUACCUGGCGGAUGUGGGAGAUAUCUGUGCCUGUGCCACCGUCCGCCGAGUGCCCUUUGCCUUCAAAUGGUGGAAGAUGGUACCUUAGACCCAGGCCCCAGAGUUGCCAGCUCUGCCCCAGCAUGAAUGGCCCAUGUCACCAUGCAGCAGCAAGACUCCUUGCCAAGUAGAGGCGGCUGGAGAGUCGAGGCAACACAACCCUUUCUUCCCCGUCCACCCUGACCCUUGGACCCCAUAGGAUGGCAAAUGCCGUCAGCUUGAACCCCUGUGGGGAAAAGAUGGAAAAGUUUUCAGCCAAGAGGCAUUUACUAAAUAGCCAAUAAACCGCUGGCGGUCGUGAAAA